AUGAAGAAAGUUUUUAGAUUUGAUGAAUCUAGCAAUUUAAAAAAUUCUAUAUUCGUAAAUACUAUUGAAAAUCAAAAGUCUGUUCUUUUAAAAACCAUAAAUCAAGAAUAUUAAGCUAACAUUUUUGAAAAUAUACCAAGAACAUCUACUUUUUCUAAAAAUCUGAAAUAACAAUUGAUCUAAGAUACGUAAUAUGUAAAGAAGUGUGAUAAUCAAUAAUAAAUAUAAAUAAAAAAAAUAAAGGGAGAGAUUAAAUUACCUCGUUUUGUUGGGGAAGUUAAAUGGCCAUUUUUUAAAGUAUUUGAAGAUGCUUCAAUAAAGCAUUUUUGGAACAGAAGAACUCAAUAAGAUAUGAAAAAGAAUUGGUAAUUUGAGAAUUAUGCUUUUCAAAAUAUAAUGCUUAGAAUUGGAAGGAAGAAAAAAAAUGUGAAAGGUUAUUAUUUUAAAUUGACAUAUUCAGGAUUGUUAAUGUAUUUUAAGAAAGUAUUGAAAAUAAAUAACUUAGGAAUCUGACAAUUAUCCAAAAGGUUAUUUAGAAUUGAGUUACUAAAACAGAGCAAUUUUAUAAUUUUAAAAAACUAAAAAGAAUAUAUAAAUCCCACUUGUAUAUAUUGAACGUGUAGAGGGAAUAGGGAUAACAAUUUUUGAUCAUCAAAAUGAAUUAACUCUAUAAUUUUUUGAAGCUCUUCAAAAUUUUUGUUUAAUGAAAGGAUAUGAACAUAUUUAUACAGAAAUAGAGACAUUAGGAAGUGGGGCAUUUGCAACAGUUUAUAAAGUAUAAAGGAAAAGAGAUGAAACAAUAUUUGCAGCAAAAACUAUUACUAAAAAGAUGUUUGAUGAGAAUAAACAUUAAGAAAAAUUUAUAGUAAAAUUUACAUUUACAUAAUAGUUUAGUAAAUGGUUUACAAUGAAGUAAUUGCAUUAAAGUAAUUUGAUCAUGUUGGAAUAGAAAAGAUUUAUGAAGUAUAUUAAGAAAAAGAAAAGUUAGUGAUAAUAAUAGAACAUUUUGAUGGUGGGACUCUCUAUCAGUACUUUAGAUAAAAAGGGAGAUUACCUGAAAAAACUAUAGCUUAUAUUUUAAAAGGAAUAGGGGAUGCUUUAUUUGAAUUACAUUAAAAUGGAUUUGUUCAUAGAGAUAUUAAGUUAGAAAAUAUAAUGAUAGAAUCAAAAGAUACAUUUUAAAUGAAAUUAGUAGAUUUUGGAUUUGCUGAAAAAAUAAAUGAAACAUAAUUAACAAGUAAAGCAGGAACACCAGGUUUUUUACCACCUGAAAUUUUUAAAGGAUAACCAUAUACAUAGAAAGGAGAUGUAUUUAGUUUAGGUGUUGUAAUAUAUAUUGUAAAAUAUAAUAUCAAUAUUUAGUUAGCAGCUGGGUAUCCUCCUUUUAAAGGGAAACCUAGUUAAAUAUAGGUUUUGAAUUAAAAAUGUUAAAUAAAUUAUGAUAAAUUCCCUUGGCCUGAAUUAUCUUAAGAUCUCAAAUAUUUAAUUAAAAAAAUGUUAGAAGUAAAAGUAGAAGAUAGAAUUCUUAUAGGAGAAAUAUUAGAUUCAACUUUUAUUACUCAUCAUAUUAAGACAACAUCAGAAACUAAUUAUAAAUCGUAUUAAAUGUUAUCAGGUUUAGAUAUUGAAAAACAUAAUAAAAAAAACAGUAUUAAAAAUUCAGAAUCUGGGGGAUCAAAAUAAAGCAAAGAAUUUCAGUUAGAUUUUUCAGUUCAUACAAAUGAUAUUAAGUCUUUAUAUUAAAAGAAUUCAAUCAAGACUUUGAAGACUGUUUAAUCUUAAAGAUCAAGAAGAUAAUCUAUAAAAUAAUCAUAAAAUUUAAAACAAUCUAUGUCAGCUCCUCGUAAAGCAGAUGUUGAAAAAUAUUAAGAGAAAAGAAAAUAAAGUCAUCCAGAUAGAUCAAGUUAUUAAAGAGAUUCUGAAAUUUUGAAUAGUUCUUUUGGUGAGAUGAUGAAAUAAAAUGAUAAAAGUAAAAUGAGACAAUCACUUAAUAUUUUAACUACAUUUAUAGAUUUUUAAGCACUUUAAUAAGAUUAGAAGAUAUUUAUUAGAAAAUCAGGAAAUAUAUUCAAUUAAAAUAAAAAACCAAAUCUAUGA